CGGGAAGCUGGUGUGCAUUCUUCUUCAGGGCAAAGCUUUGUGACAUCUCCAGGAGAAAACGAGGAGGUAGAAUUAAUGGCAUGUAAAGCUACCAUGAUUGAAGAUGUUCAGCCACUUGACGAAGACGCAGACGAGACUCCGUUGUCGCAGGCCUCUCAGAUCAGUGUUCCUGAGGAAGAAGUAAGCAUUUGGUGUGACGAGAAGGAAAUCCAAAAUGAAAGACGACAGGCACUAAACAACGCCCCGGGAAACCUGACAAGUGGACGCCUUAGUCCCAUCCUUUCUACUUUAAAUGCCUCGUGGGACGAUAUUUCAUCUACCCAGCAAAAGUACUAUAUUCGUAAGGCCAGGGAAGCUUUUGCAACUACGCUGUCAGUCAUUGGUCCUGGGCAAGAAAAAAACCUUUGGAAAUGUAUCCAAAAUGAUUCAGACAUAAUCGAGAGGGACGAGAGUGGCUCAUCCAAAAGAGAGCAUUUUGACACAAACACUGGGCUCAUUGAUGUCUUGAUCAAAGCUUAUGAUCAAGCGGAGUCGGGGUAA